AGCUACAAUGAGAUUGGUCUGGAUAUUGAUGUCCUUGCAGCUUAUGCUCCUUGCAACUGCGCUCAGUGCCAGAAGAUGCGUCAAGCCAACUGUUGCACCAACGACCACGGAAGAUCCUGACGAUCCCACCGACGAUCCCUGGGAUCCCACAGACGACACAUCUGAAGAGCCAUCGGAUCCAACAAACGAGCCCCAGGAUAGCACUCCAAAGCCCACCGAUUUACCCACUGAAGUUCCGUCGAAUUCAACUGAAGGUCCUUUGGAUCCAACGGGGGAUCCAACUGGUGAACCAACUGGUGAACCAACUGGUGAACCAACUGGUAAACCAACUGAUGAUCCAACUGAUGAACCAACUGAUGAACCAACUGGGGAACCAACUGGAGAACCAACUGGUGAACCAACUGGAGAACCAACUGGGGAACCAACUGGGGAACCAACAGGAGAACCAACUGGAGAACCAACUGGAGAGCCAACAAAAGAACCAUCGGAAGGGCCAACUGGGGAGCCAACGAAUCCGUCAGAAGAGACCACUGAACCUCCCUUAGAUCCCACUAGAGAAUCCUCCAAUUCCACGAAAGAACCAACUAAUCAACCGUCGACAGCAGAACCCACAACUCCAAAUGAUCCAAGUGGAACCACCCAAGACACGCCCAGCGUGGAUGUGAAUGCCUCGUGUCGAGCCCAUCCGGGAGUCCAAUUCCUGCCCCAUCCGUACAAUUGCCAUCUGUACAUCCACUGCAGCGGGGAAACGGGUUACAUCAUGGACUGUCCCAGUGACCUUUACUGGAACUCCAUCGAUCUGACCUGCGACAAGACCUGCGCCUAAAUAAAUAAAGCACUUAGAAUAGCAUGCUCUCAAAAA